ACUGCGCUUGAAAACAGCCUCCGAAAGGUCGAGGCCAUGUCUAAAGGUCCCAACGACGAGGGUUUGAUCUUCGAAACCUCUGAGGAUGUGGAGGUUUUGCCCACCUUCGAUGCCCUGGGCUUGAAAGAAGAUUUGCUUCGAGGUGUUUAUGCUUACGGUUUUGAGCGACCAUCCGCCGUGCAGCAGCGUGCCAUUCUGCCGAUCUUGAAGGGUCGAGAUGUCAUCGUCCAGUCUCAGAGUGGAACAGGAAAGACGUGCGUGUUCUGCUUGGGAGCCUUGCAGAGUGUUGACACCAGCUCUCGAGAGCCCCAGGCGUUGUUCUUGUCACCCACACGAGAACUGGCAGAGCAGAGUCAGAAGGUUUGCCUUGCCCUGGGUGACUACCUGAACGUUCAGGUGCACGUGUGCAUCGGAGGCAAGCGUGUCUCCGAUGACAUCCACACCUUCGAAGCAGGCGUGCAGAUUGUUUCUGGUACACCUGGCAGGGUCUUCCACAUGAUUCAGCAGCGACAUUUCAGCACCCGUCACAUCAAGAUGCUGGUGCUGGAUGAGGCUGAUGAGAUGCUCAAUAGGGGCUUCAAGGAGCAAGUCUAUGACAUCUACAGAUACCUCCCACCUUCCACGCAGGUGGUUCUGGUUUCAGCGACCAUGCCGCAUGAAGUGCUGGAGAUGACGCACAAAUUUAUGAACAACCCCUUCCGCGUUUUGGUCAAGCGCGAUGAGUUGACUCUGGAAGGAAUCAAGCAGUUCUUUGUCGCAGUGGAGCGCGAGCAGUGGAAGUUCGAUACCCUUUGCGACCUGUAUGAUACCCUGACCAUCACGCAGGCAGUGAUUUUCUGCAACACCAAGCAGAAGGUGGAUUGGUUGACCCAAAAGAUGCGAGAUGCCAACUUCACAGUGGCUUCCAUCCAUGGCGAUAUGCCUCAGAAGGAGAGAGAUGCCAUCAUGCAACAGUUCCGCUCUGGUUCCAGCCGUGUGUUGAUCUCCACAGACUUGUGGGGUCGUGGUUUGGAUGUGCAGCAGGUGUCCUUGGUGAUUUGCUAUGACUUGCCCAACAACCGCGAGCUGUACAUCCACCGCAUCGGCCGCAGUGGUCGAUUCGGACGAAAGGGUGUGGCGAUCAACUUCGUGAAGAAUGACGACAUCCGUAUUCUUCGCGAUAUCGAGCAGUUCUAUUCCACACAGAUCGAUGAGAUGCCAAUGAAUGUGGCGGACCUCAUCUAGUCCCCAGGCACGUUGCAUCAGAUUGCAGCUCCCUGGCCACGGUUUGGCGUGAGCCUGUGUAGAAUAAGCAGCCAAGGGUUGCGUCUUGGAAAGUGUCUGUAGGAUGCCUGCAAUAUGGUGAGACAUGUUGAGAC